AUGGGUGUUUGCUUUUCUUGCCUUGGCUUCAACAACGAUGGCGAAGAUUACAAUGAGCGCUCUUCGUUGCUCGGAAACAACAAUCUCUAUUCUAACGAAGACCUCCAUGAAAAUCUUUUGAAGCAGCAGCAGCGCCAAAAUGAACUUUCCGUGAUAGUAAACGAUUUAAGCGACAACCUCAUUGACGUUUCAACCUUCCUUUCCAAGGGGUCGACCGAAAACUACAAUAACAAGAACACC